AUGUCCCACGUUAUAAGACAAAUAAAUUUUUUGAAUGCUAUUAGUUAUAGUACAAAGAAACCUCAAAUCCUACUGAAUGCUACGAAAUAUUCUGGAUUGAGAUUAACGUUUCAGGUUCAAAAUCAUAAUGGACACAUGGGAGCUCGUAAGUUUUGGCAUGAAUAUUUACCAACUUUGAAAUUUUAUAAUCCCAAUUUGAAAUUUGAUGUGAUAAGAAUCUCAAAUCCAGAUAAACGAAAAAGGGAUAUACCUUGCACAUUAGAAAUAUUGGGGAAAGAAGAUCAGGUACUUGGAAGUAUCGACAUGAGAAAUAAACAGUAUGAUGAAAUAAUGGAUCAAUUAUCUGAGUCAAUCGAUCAUACUACUGUGCCGGAGCAGGAUCUAGUUAAAGUGCAAUAUAAAGCUACUUAG